AUCAAGGAAUUAUGUUUUAUAAAUUAUCAAUGUCGUUGGAUGAUAUGCACAGAAAUAAGUCAUAUGCAAAUUAUGCCAAUUCCCACCAAUUCCGUGCAAGUCACCGGGAAAAGUGGCAGCUUUCUUUACAUAAACAUCGUCACUAUUGCUUGCAAAAAUAAAAGUGAUUUUUCUUUGAAACAAAAUUUUUUGUUGUUUCGGGUGUUUUAAAAAAUAUAUUUGAUGACAUAAAAUUGAAAAAAGACCUACAUUUAGUUCUUCAAGUUAUCUUCUCUGACUUAUUCAUCACUAUCAGCAUUUGUAACCUAUUUUGUGAUUGGUGUAUUCAAACAAUCGUCACUGGCAUCAGCUGUUCGGAUUGGAUUUUGACUUUCCGGCUCACUUCUGGCGCGGCGUCGGUCGGAGUGACUGGGGAGUGACGUUUUUCUUUAUAUAUUUUCCCGGGCCUAUUUUGCUGUGCCACAAUGUCCGCCGACGACCGCAGCUCCGCCGCGCGCAUGCGCAACUUCAAGAAUCGCGGCAAGGACUCUGACGAGCUGCGCCGCCGGCGUCAGGAGACGAGCGUGGAGCUGCGCAAGGCCAAGAAGGAUGACCAGAUCCUGAAGCGGCGCAACAUCUGCCUGACGGAGGAGGACACGGCCACCAGUCCGCUGCAGGAGUCGACCAAUAAGCCGAGCACCGCCAAACAGCCCUCGCUCACCAUGGAGGAGAUCGUGGCAGGUAUUGUCGGCUCGGACAAGUCGAUGCAGCUGACGGCCGUGCAGGCCGCGAGGAAGAUUCUGAGUCGCGAGCGUAACCCGCCGAUCGACACUAUGAUUCAGGCGGGCAUCGUGCCGCACUGUAUCCGCUUCCUGACGCACGCCGACGAGCCGCAGCUGCAGUUCGAGGCCGCCUGGGCGCUCACCAAUAUUGCCUCGGGCACCUCCGAGCAGACAAAGUUUGUGGCCAACCAGGGCGCCGUGCCGCACCUGAUCACCCUGCUGUCGAGCACCGAGCAGCACGUGGCCGAACAGGCUGUCUGGGCGCUGGGCAACAUCGCCGGCGACGGGCCCGAGCUGCGCGACUACACCAUCUCGUGCGGCAUCGUGGCGCCGCUGCUGGCGCUCGUGCGGCCCGACACCAACGCCCACUUUCUGCGCAACGUGACGUGGACCAUAAGCAACCUGUGUCGCAACAAGAACCCGCCGCCGCCGUUCGACGCGGUGCGCCAGUGUCUGCCGGCGCUGGCGCACCUGAUCCACCACACGGACACUGAGGUGGUGACGGACGCGUGCUGGGCGCUCUCUUACCUCACCGACGGAUCCAACGACAAGAUCGAGCACGUCAUCGAGGCCGGCGUGGUGCCGCGCCUCGUCGAGCUGCUCGGGUCGGAGGAGGCCGCUAUCAUCUCUCCGGCGCUGCGUACGCUCGGUAACAUCGUGACCGGCAGUGACGCGCAGACGGACACCGUGGUCAAGGCGGGCGCCAUGCGCUACUUUCCGCGCCUGCUGGCUCACAGCAAGGCCAACGUGGUCAAGGAGGCCGCCUGGACCAUCAGCAACGUGACGGCCGGCAACCUGCAGCAGAUCCAGGCGGUGAUCGACGCCGGCCUCCUCGGGCCCGUCCUGGAGGUGCUUCAGAAGGGUGACUACCGGUCGCAGCGGGAGGCCGUCUGGGUGAUCCUGAACCUGACGUCGGGCGGCUCUCAGGAGCAGGUGGCCGAGCUCUGCCGACUGGGCGUCAUUAAGCCGCUCUGUGACCUGCUGGCCGCCGAGGACGCCAAACUCAUCACCGUCAUCCUGGACGCGCUGUCAAACGUGCUGCGGUACGCCGAGCAGGUGGGCCAGGAGGGCGCCGUGGCUCUCCAGGUGGAGGAGUGCGGCGGCCUGGACCGCAUCGAGUCACUGCAGACGCACGAGAACGAGACCAUCUACAACAAGGCCGUCUUCAUAAUCGGCAAGUACUUCGGCGACGACGACGAGGAGGACGCCCAGGUGGCGGCGCCGACCGCCGACGCGGCCGGCUUCCAGCUCAGCGUCGACACGGACGCGGCCACGGCCGGCGGCUUCCAGUUCUAGGAGAGCGGCGGCAGCGGCCGCGCGCGUUACACACGGGGCGCUCGUCGCCCGACACGAGACUGGUCUCCGAGACACUGUGAUGCUGACUGGGGUGCCGACUGAGGACUGAUAGGGACCGUUUUAGGGCGCGCGCCGUGCCGCGUGCCACCGACGACUGACGCGCCUCCAGUGGGCGGGACGCUGGACAAUGUACAACGGGAAUCAGCCGUCUUCCGGUGUCUGUCUGUUUCCGCGGCGAGCUGCACGCGCCUCGUGCGCUGCCGCUCCCGAUCAAUAGCCACUUUUGUCAUCUCCUGUGCGUGCCGCGAAGCGCCUGGCGGCCAUCCAGCCGCCAGGCCUGGUCGGGGUGAGACGCGCCUCGAUAUUUUAUGUUUUUAGUCGUUCAGAUAUUUUGUAUGGAAAUAAACCAAGUAUUCUAUCGAU